GUGGACUCGGGGCUGCGAUGGGCGGUCCUGCGAGUUCACGGUGUAGGAGGCGGCCGGCGUCGGCGGCGCCCGCGGCGCGGCCACAGGCGCACUUAUACUCCAGGGGCUGACACACAGCAAAUCGGACACUUCAGACCCUUCCCUGACGGAGAGAAACACUUGCUCUCUGGGAACGCGAGGAAGAGCCGGCUGGCUGGGACUCCCUGUACCUGUUUGCACUCGCCCAGGAGCCAGCUGUGUGGGACCCACAGCAGAGCUGCCCACCUUCCAACGAGGGAAGCCUGCAGAACCACAGCCAUCAAUGGGGAUGCCAGGCCCAUUUUUAGAUCUCAUCUGUUCCUUACAGAAAAUGGGUCCAAGUUUGCCCAGGUUUCUAGAACAAUCCUUGAAAGGGCUUUGGAGAUUAUUAGCAUUGUUCACACAUGAUCUCAUUUCAUCUCUUCACUUCUGGCACAACCCUAGGGUGUAGCACAGUAACUGGCAUCUGGCACGAGUUGCUGACAGAGGUCUUGCCCAAGAAUAUUUAGUGGAUUCCAGAAAGGUAACCAAGAGUGGCACAGCACGGAUUUGGAACAGCGGUCACGGCCCCGCCUCUCGGGAGCUCCUGUGGGAUUCUGAUAAGAUGCGCCAGGAAGAGAAGAGCAGCUACAUGGUGGUGCAGACGAGCGAGGAGGGGCUGGCAGCCAGUGGCGAGCUCCCAGGACCACUCUUGAUGCUGGCCCAGAACUGCGCAGUCAUGCACAACCUGCUGGGCCCUGCCUGCAUUUUCCUGCGCAAGGGCUUCGCUGAGAACAGGCAGCCUGACAGAUCGCUGCGACCAGAGGAGAUUGAAGAGCUCCGAGAGGCCUUCAGGGAAUUCGACAAGGACAAGGACGGCUACAUCAACUGCCGGGACCUGGGCAACUGCAUGCGCACCAUGGGCUAUAUGCCCACCGAGAUGGAGCUCAUCGAGCUGUCGCAGCAGAUCAACAUGAACCUUGGUGGCCAUGUAGAUUUUGACGACUUUGUGGAACUAAUGGGGCCUAAACUCCUGGCGGAGACAGCAGAUAUGAUUGGAGUAAAGGAACUACGAGACGCUUUCCGAGAGUUUGACACCAAUGGUGAUGGGGAGAUAAGCACCAGUGAGUUGCGAGAGGCCAUGAGGAAGCUCCUGGGUCAUCAAGUGGGACACCGAGACAUAGAAGAAAUUAUCCGAGAUGUGGAUCUCAAUGGGGAUGGACGAGUAGACUUUGAAGAGUUUGUCCGGAUGAUGUCUCGCUGAGGCUGCAAGGGCUCUUCCAGGAUUGCCAAGCUCCCACGGGUGGGGAGGAGAGGAUCCGGAGCACGCCUCACCCCACCGUAGCUGCCGAGAGCCCGGGAUGAACUCGCGGACGGGGCCUGCCUGCACCCCGGGGAGGUGCCCACCCCAGACCCCCACCCCUCCGCACUGUGAAAGACUCACAACUCCUGCAACUGGAAAGGGGGGGCGCCCGCCGAGGAGGAGGCCACAGUGCCAAGCCAGCAGAGUCGUGCCAGGCGCCAAGUGCCAUGUGCCCAGCCGCGGCCGGCUGGGUGGGCCAGGGAGCCCACCAGCAGGCCCCACACAGCAUGUCCGCCCUGGGGCAGAGCCUCUCGCUGCCCUCCUCAGCUCUGUGCCCGUCCCAG